CCAGCACUCAGCGCGCUGUCAAAGUUUGAAGCGCGAGGAAGCAGCGCAACGCGAGCAUCGCUGAGCCAUGGCUGAGACCGCCGCACCGCGCCGCGUCGACUAUGACCUGACGCACAAGGCGGCUCCUUAUUUAGACGCUCACCUGGUCUUUCCGUUACUCGAGUUCCUCGAGGAGCACACGACGUACCAGGCGGGCGACGUGCGCAAAGCGCGAUUAGCACUCGUAGCCAAGACGAACAUGGUCGACUACGCGAUCGAGAUUCGGGAGGAACUAGACAACAACAACGCUAGGUUAGAAGGAAUACCAACGGUCGCGGAGAUGGAAGGUAGGAGAGAUAGCGUCUUCGCGACGUUAGAUCGCCUCGAGAAGCAAACGGAGAACCUGAGGAAUUUACUAGAGGACGCGGAUCAAGUAGACGAGCUCAAGGCCGAAGGCAAGUUCACGAAGGCGCACCUCGCGGAGGCCCACGGUGUCACUGCCCAGGACUGGGUCGAUUACGCCGAGUUCGCAAAAUUUUUAUACGAGUGCGGCGACUACGAGGGCGCGAGAGAUAUGCUCGACCACUUCCUGGCCAUCAACUUUCCCGAUGGUGUUUCUGAUACGUCCGCCGAUGCCGACGGGCGAGGCUUCCGGGCCUUGUGGGGCAAGUUCGCCUCCGAGAUUUUGCUCAAGAACUGGGACGCGGCCAUGGCCGAUUUACUUACUUUGAGGAGCGCCAUUGAUGAGAGGGGCUUCCCGCCCUUGCAAGCGCUGCAGCAGCGGUCGUGGCUGUGCCAUUGGUCGCUCUUCGUCUUCUUUAACCACGCGAAGGGCCACGAUGGCAUCAUCGACCUGUUCUUGGCGGACAAGUACCUGCAGGCCAUCCAGACGAACUGCCCUUGGCUUCUUAGAUAUUUGACCUGUGCCGUCGUGAUCAACAAGCGGAGGCGGAGUACGCUGAAGGAUCUCGUACGAGUCGUGUCUCAGGAGACGGAUCUGUCCGGGGACCCGACGACGUCGUUCCUAGAUAGUUUGUAUAUCAAGUUCGACUUCGACGAGGCCCAGAACACGCUCGCGAACUGCGAGACGGCUCUGCGGGCGGACUACUUCCUCUGCAACUGUGCAGACGCGUUUAUGGCCGACGCGCGCCUGUUCGUCUUCGAGACGUACUGCCGCAUCCACACGUGUAUUGAUAUUGAGAUGCUCGCCGGCAAGCUCGUCAUGGACAAGGACAAGGCGGAACGCUGGGUCGUCGAUUUGAUCCGGGGGAGUUUGUUAGAUGCGAAGGUCGACAGCGGCGCGAACACGGUGGUCAUGGGCGCGAAGCAGCCCUCGGUCUACGACCAGGUCGUCGACAAGACGCGGGACCUGUCGCAGCGGACGGCGGCGCUGCUGGGCGCGCUCGAGGCGAAGGUGUGCGCGGAGGCCUAGGGUAACGGAGCAUGACUAU